AUGGAGAACAGGACAGAAGUGACACACUUCAUCCUUGUGGGACUAGCCAGCGCCCCAGGCCUGCAGGUCCCCCUCUUCAUCAUGUUCACCCUCAUCUACCUCAGCACUGUGGUGGGGAACCUGGGGCUGGCGGUGCUGAUCCUGCUGGACCCCCGCCUCCACACGCCCAUGUACUUCUUCCUCAGUAACCUGGCCCUGGUGGACUUCGCUUACUCCUCAACAAUCACGCCAAAGGUCAUGGCUGGGUUUCUAACAGGAGACAAGGUCAUCUCCUACAAUGCCUGUGCUGCUCAGAUGUUCUUUUUUAUAGUCUUUGCCACUGUGGAAAGUUACCUCUUGGCCUCCAUGGCCUAUGACCGCUACGCAGCAGUGUGCAAGCCCCUGCACUACACCACCACCAUGACACCCGAGGUGUGUGCAGGUCUGGCCAUAGGCUCCUAUGUCUGUGGUUUCCUGAAUGCUUCCAUCCACACCAGGGACACCUUCAGUCUCUCUUUCUGUGAGUCCAAUGUGGUUCAUCACUUUUUCUGCGAUAUUCCAGCAGUCGCAGCCCUUUCUUGCUCAGACAGACACAUUAGUGAGCUGAUUCUUGUUGUGGUGGCAAGCUUCAACAUCUUUUUUGCUCUCGUGGUUAUUUUGAUUUCCUACCUGUUCAUAUUUAUCACCAUCCUAAAGAUGCCUUCAUCUUCGGGGUAUCAGAAGGCUCUGUCCACCUGCGCCUCUCACCUCACUGCUGUCUCCAUCUUCUACGGGACUGUCAUCUUCAUGUACUUACAGCCCAGCUCCAGCCACUCCCUGGACACAGACAAGGUGGCCUCCGUGUUCUAUGCCAUGGUCAUCCCCAUGCUGAACCCUCUGGUCUACAGCCUGAGGAACAAAGAGGUCAAGGGUGCACUCAAGAAGGUUGUUUCAGAGGCAAAAUUGAUUUUCUUUAGGAUGAUGAUUUUACGAUUGUGCAAUGGACAGUAA